AUGGAGACAGAGAACCACACAGUGGUAACAGAAUUCAUUCUCCUUGGUCUCACCCAGUCUCAAGAUGCUCAAUUCUUAGUCUUUGUGUUAGUCUUAAUUUUCUACCUCAUCAUCCUCCCUGGAAAUGUUCUUAUCAUUCUCACCAUCAGAUCAGACCCUGGACUCACAGCACCCCUCUAUUUCUUCCUGGGCAAUCUGGCCUUCUUGGAUGCCUCCUACUCCUUCAUUGUGGCUCCCAGGAUGCUGGUGGACUUCCUCUCUGAGAAGAAGGUAAUCUCCUACAGAGGUUGCAUCACUCAGCUCUUUUUCUUGCACUUUCUUGGAGCUGGGGAGAUGUUCCUUCUGGUGGUGAUGGCCUUUGACCGCUACAUCGCCAUCUGCCGGCCUUUACACUAUUCAACUGUCAUGAACCCUAGAGCCUGCUAUGCAUUAGUGUUGGCUCUGUGGCUUGGGGGCUUUGCUCAUUCCAUUGUACAAGUAGCUCUUAUCCUGCACUUGCCUUUCUGUGGCCCAAACCAGCUAGAUAACUUCUUUUGUGACGUCCCACAGGUCAUCAAGCUGGCCUGCACUGACACUUUUGUGGUGGAGCUUCUGAUGGUUUUCAACAGUGGCCUGCUCACCCUCCUCUGUUUCCUGGGGCUCCUGGCCUCCUACGCAGUCAUUCUCUGCCGCAUAAAGGGGCACGCCUCUGAAGGGAAAAGCAAGGCUGUCUCCACAUGCACCACGCACAUUAUCAUUGUGUUCCUCAUGUUUGGACCUGCGAUUUUCAUCUACACUCGUCCCUUUCAUGCUUUCCCUGCUGACAAGGUGGUUUCUCUCUUCCAUACAGUCAUCUUUCCUUUGAUGAACCCUGUGAUUUAUACACUUCGCAACCAGGAAGUGAAAACUUCCAUGAGAAGGUUGUUAAAUCAGCACAUGCUUUGCUAA